AUGACACUGGAAGAGGGUCCAGAUUAUACAGAGGCAAUGGCUCAAGAUGAGCUUGAGCCACAGAUUACCGAUCCAGUGGAGCAUUCGGGUGCUGAAAAUUCGAAUAGUGCUGUGUUGACAAGACUAUCUACUUUUACCAGACAAAUGUCUCAUAAGCUCAACCUGUCGCGAGCUGGCACCAUUGCUAUCGACCCUAACGAUUUCGAGCUGCAGCAGAUAUUGCAAACUUUCCUGAAAAGGGCUGAUAGUAAUGGCAUUGAGCUGAAAUCUCUAGGAGUUGAGAUGGAAGAUGUGACGAUUUUUGGAGUUGAUGAGACAGCUUCGUAUGCUUCGACCAUUGGUGAAAUUUUAACUGCACCCUUCAGAGUUGGCGAAAUACUUAGAAAGAUCUCCAGUAGGAAGGCAGAUCCAGAAUCAGGAUUGCGAAAGGUGAAUAAAGACAUAAACUUGGUCUGCACUCCGGGCGAAAUGGUCUUGGUACUUGGAAGACCGGGUGCUGGAUGUUCCACUAUGCUAAAGGCUAUUGCUGGUGAACUUGAAGAGUACGUCAGAUAUGAAGGCUUGAUCACCUACGACAACGCCCCACAGGAACAAACUCUCAAGGUGUGCAAGAAAGAGAUUGUCUACAAUCCUGAAUUGGACGUUCAUUUUCCACACCUCACUGUGGAUCAGACUUUGAGGUUUGCCAUUGGGUGUCGGUGUCCAGAGUUUGAUGUUCCCGGAUUCUCCAAGAAGAAGUAUGUGGAUACUUUUAGAGACAUCUUGUGCACAGUCUACGGACUUACCCAUGCUAAAAACACAAAGGUCGGAAACGACUACGUUACUGGAAUAUCUGGUGGUGAACGCAAAAGAGUUUCCAUUGCUGAAGCAAUGACUGCGAAACCUGCUGUUUUGUGCUUUGACAACGCUACGAGAGGUCUCGAUGCCUCUACGGCCCUAGAAUUCACAGAGGCCCUUAGAACCUCAACAAAUAUCAUGAAGAUGUCUUCAUUUGUGACUGCAUACCAGGCUUCUCAGAAAAUCUACGAUCUGUUUGAUAAAGUCGUUAUUCUGUAUUUGGGAAGACAGGUAUACUACGGCAGAACUGAAGAUGCCAAGGCCUAUUUCGAGACCAUGGGCUAUGUUUGUCCAGAAAGGCAGAGUACAGCCGAGUUUCUAACUGCUGUUACUGAUCCUCUUGGGAGAUACGUGAAGCCUGGUUUAGAGAGAAACGUCCCACACACGGCUGAUGAAUUCGAGGCCUAUUGGAAAUCUUCAGCGGAGUUUGAUGCCAUGAAACGCGAAAUCGCAAAAAGAAAGGCUGAUGUGGAUUCUGUUAGGACUCUUGAGAUACUGAAAGCAUCUCACAUUCAGGAAAAAGAAAGGCUGGCUAGGUCACAAUCGAGGUAUACCGUUAGCUAUCUGACCCAGCUGAAACUCUGUACCAUUAGAGCGUUUCAAAGAAACAUGGGUGAUAAGAGUUAUACAUUGACCACCAUAUUUGCUGGAACUAUACAGGCUUUUAUUGUGGGAUCCCUUUACUGGAAUAUUCCUGAGUCCACAAACGGUGCAUUUUCCAGAUCAGGUACUAUUUUCUUCGCUCUGCUGUUUUUUGCAUUGAUGGGUAUGUCAGAGAUCAGUACGUCGUUUGCCAAAAAACCUAUUUUGACUAAACAAAAAGGAUACUCAUUCUACCAUCCUUCUGCUGAAGUCAUUGCAUAUGUGCUCAACGAUAUCCCCAUCAAAUUUUUAUCUUCCGUGUUGUUUUCAGUGGUAUUGUACUUCUUGGCCGGCUUGAAAUCUGAUCCCGGUGCUUUCUUCACGUUUGUGUUGUUUCUCAACCUAGCUUCCUUGGCUGAAAGCAACCUGUUCCAAGCAAUCUCAUCCCUAUCACCUAAUGUUCCUGCUGCCAAUGCCAUUUCAGGUAUCCUGCUACUGGCUACGUUAGUGUACACUUCGUACAUGAUCCAGAGACCCUCGAUGCAUCCGUGGUUCAAGUGGAUUUCGUACAUUAAUCCGUUGCUCUACUGUUUCGAAGCUUUGAUUACAACUGAAUUUCACGGAAGGAAAAUGGAGUGUACGCUGUCUCCCAGUGGACCUGGUUACUCGAACGCACCAAAUGGAACCCAGGCUUGUGGUUUUGCUGGUUCUGUAGUUGGUCAGUCCUGGGUAUCUGGAGAUUCUUAUUUGAGGAAGUCCUACCAAUACGAGUUCUCUCAUGUGUGGAGAAAUUUCGGUAUAGUGAUGGGUUUCAUCUUUUUCUUCAUUACAGUUAACUGCAUUGCUGUCGAGGUGUUGAAGCUGAGCAAAGGCACGGGUGACCAUCUGAUGUUUUUGAGAAGCAAGACAAAUGGUGAUAUUAACAGUGCCAUUGCUGCCACCGAGGAAAGCAAAAAAGUUCUGGUUGCAGACGCGGAAACUCAGAGUACGUCUCGAGGAUCAGUGGCUGAUGAGCUUGAACAGUAUUCUCGAGCCUCAAGUGACAAGGAAGUGUUAGAAACUGUCAAUCAUUUAGGCAGCAAGGAGAUAUUCAUGUGGCAGAAUCUCAAUUAUACCAUUCCUGACCGAGGAUCCAAUCGUCAACUUCUUCGCGACAUCCAGGGCUAUUGUAAGCCAGGCACUCUAACUGCUUUAAUGGGCGAGUCUGGUGCAGGUAAGACUACUCUUCUGAAUGUACUUUCAAGAAGAGUCGAUAUGGGUGUCAUCACUGGUGACAUGUUAGUUGAUGGUAAACCAGUCGACCAGUCUUUUGAACGUCGUACCGGUUACGUUCAGCAACAGGAUUUGCACAUUCAAGAAUUGACCGUUCGCGAAUCAUUACAGUUUGCAGCCCGCCUGAGAAGACCAGUUUCUGUUCCUGAACAGGAGAAAAUGGAAUAUGUGGAAAAGAUACUAGAAAUUCUGGAGAUGCAGCCUUAUGCAGAUGCAAUAGUGGGCAGUCCUGGAAGCGGAUUAAACGUGGAGCAACGUAAGAAAUUGUCUGUUGGUGUUGAGCUUGUUGCCAAACCUUCCCUCCUGCUAUUUCUUGAUGAGCCAACUUCUGGUUUGGAUUCCCAGUCCGCAUGGGCUAUAGUUCAAGUUGUGAGAGGCCUGGCUAAUGCAGGCCAAGCCAUUUUGUGUACCAUUCACCAGCCCUCAGCUACCCUGAUUGAAGAGUUCGACAGACUAUUGCUUUUGAAGAAAGGUGGCCAAACAGUUUAUUUUGGAGAAAUUGGGAAAAGUUCCAGGAAAAUGCUCGACUAUUUUGAGAGUAGGGGUGCGCGUCUGUGCGAGCCGCAGGAAAAUCCUGCAGAGUACAUUUUGGAUGUCAUUGGGGCUGGAGCGACUGCCAACAGUGUUGAAGAUUGGCACGACAAAUGGAUCACAUCUCCAGAAUUUGAAAAGGUCACCCAAGAAAUUCAGGAAUUGAUCGCUGAAACUGCAAAGAGACCAGCAAGUAUCACUGAUGAGAAUCUGAAGAAUGUCUUUGCAACCUCAUAUCUCUACCAAGUCAAAAAUGUCCUUUGGAGGACGAACAUCCAGCUUUGGAGGGAUACCGAUUACUUUUUGGGUAGAAGUUCUCUGGUAAUUAUAGCUGGUCUUUUUGUGGGGUUUACAUUCUGGGAUCUCAAAUAUACAAUUGUCGGAAUGCAGAAUACACUGUUUGCUACUUUCCUUUCUCUAAUCUUGGCAUCACCUCUUUCGGCUCAGAUACAGGCCAAGGCUAUUGAGAGCAAAGAGCUUUAUGAAGUUAGAGAGUCAAAGUCAAACACAUACCAUUGGUCUGUGCUGUUGAUCUGCCAGGUGCUGGUUGAAAUUCCAUACUGCAUCAUUGCCUCCACGCUGUAUUUCCUGUGUUUUUACUUUCCAUUGAAAACUGUGUCGACAGCACCUGAGAUAGCUGGAUUCUUCUGGUUCACUUACUGCGUGUUCUUCCAGCUUUACUACAUCACCUUUGCCUUGUGCACUGUGUAUUUUGCCCCAGAUUUACCAACCGCAGGCCUUCUAUUUGGCGUGUUCUUGUCGUUUAUUGUUUCCUUUUGCAAUGUUGUCCAGCCCGCAACACUGGCUCCUGGUUUCUGGAAGUUCAUGUUUGAUCUUUCGCCCUUCACAUAUUUUGUGCAGAACCUGCUAGGAGUUACGCUGCAUAAGCGCAAGAUUCAGUGCGGGCCACUUGAAUUGGCAACUUUCAAUCCACCAGCGGGACAAACUUGCGAGCAAUGGGCAUCCGCUUAUCUUCAUACCGUCCCGGGGUACCUGACCAAUGCCGAUGCCACAGAGGACUGUGGGUACUGCCAGUAUUCCGUUGGGGAUGAAUACUUACAAACACUUGAUAUCAGAUAUUCAAACAGAUGGAGAAACAUUGGGUUCUUCUGCUGUUAUAUCAUCUUCAAUAUUUUUGCCAUGUAUGGUAUGUACUGGCUUUUCCGAGUACAGAAGAUGUCGUUGAUUGGAUGGAUCAGAAGUAAGGUUGACCAAAAAAAGGCUAGGCGAGAGAAGAAUGCGGGGAAAUUAAGUUGA